AUGGCACCUGCUUUGAACUUACCAGCACCAAAGAAUGCGGUAGAGAAACAAUCGACUAAAGAUCGAUUUUAUACUGGAGGAUUAAUCUAUCCACCACCAGAAUUAAGGAACGCUGUCGAUAAAACAGCAUCAUUUGUUGCCAAAAAUGGAAUUCAAUUUGAAAGCAAGAUUCGUGAUGAAAAUACAGGCAAUAAUCGAUUAGCAUUCUUGAACGAAGAGGAUCCAUAUCAUGCGUAUUAUCAAGCAAAGCUAGAAGCUUUGCGGAGUGGAACAGGUCCUUUGGCCAAUGUCAAUACAGAUUCGAGAGGCGAUAAUGCAGAUGCGAUCACUGGCCGACCGGCAGAACAAGCAACAGCUGAAGAAGAGCAGCCCAUCGAACCUGAAUCAUUCAAAUUCUCUGCUGAUAUGCCAAACAUUACCGCUUUGGAUUUGGACAUCGUAAAGCUUACAGCAUUAUUUGUAGCCAAGAAAGGUAGAGCGUUUGCAUCCACACUUCAACAACGGGAAGGGAGAUCAUAUCAGUUUGAAUUCCUUAGACCGUCCCACUCGCUUUUUGGAUUUUUCAAUCGACUUGUGGAGCAAUAUCAAAUGGUAAUGGAACCACUUCCCGAGAUGAGCAAGCAGAUACGGAUGGGUGCUUUUGGCAACGAAGAACCAAUAGAAGGUGCAACACCUAUGCUUGGAAUGGGUAGAGGGGGUGCACGACCACACAUCUUGGAGGGAAUUCGUAAGCGUGCAGAAUGGGAGAAAUGGGAAAAGGCAAGAAGGAAAGUGGCUGAAGAUGAAGAGGAAAAAGAAAGAGCGGCGUUCAAUGAGAUUGAUUGGCAAGAUUUUGUUGUUGCAGCAACUGUAGAGUUGACCGAGUCUGAUGAGCAUUCGGACUUACCUCCUCCGAUGUCAUUGCGUGAAGUCAAGACAAUGAGUAUCGCACAGAAACGUAUGGCAGCAAUGAUCAUGGAAGGGCAAGCAGAAGAGGAAGACGUGGACGUGGCCACACAAGAACCAGCAGCUAGACCAGCUGAAGAUAUUGGCAAGAGAACAGAACAAGUCACCUCUUCGACUUCAUCAUCAGGAUCAAUGAAGAUUCGAAGAGAUUAUCAGCCAAAAACAUUGGCCGAACGAAAAGCUGCGGCAGCUGGCAACUCACAGACAACCAGCUGUCCAGUUUGUGGAGAGCGUGUACCGAUUGAUGGAAUGGAUGAGCAUGUCAGAUAUGAGCUACUGGAUCCAAGGUUCAGAGAACAAAGAAGGGAAUUGGAAAGUAAGCGAGCACAACACAAUGCAUUGACGGAAGGUGCGGAUCCCAGUAGAUCUCUCAGACAAUUUGCAGGUAAUCGAACGGACAUCUUUGGUGGAGAGAUGGAAGAAGAAGCACAGAGGAGACGAGAACAAGACGAAGCACGAAAACGAAAGGAAAGAGAGAGUAUUGUUUGGGAUGGUCAUGCGGCCAGUAGAGUGGAUACCCGUGCAGAAUUCAACCGACCUGACGCUUUGCAAUCGGAGAUGCAGCAAAUUCAGAAACGCUUCAAGACUGAUCAGCCAAAGAAUUAUCUGGGACCGCAAGCGUACGAUCAACAACCCGCCCAAUUUGCAUCGCCUAUUCAUAUGCAAGAUAGUGCAACGAUUCAAUCACAACCUUCCACCGUGCCCUUGGCCUCUUCCAAUCCGAUGCAGCAGAAUGGGUAUCAUGCAGCUCAAUACGUACCUCAGUACAACCUUGAGAAGAGGACUGAUGGAGGGUUGCACCCUGAAGAACAAUGGAUGCAAUAUCAUCCUCAUCCGAUCAGCUUAGUGAUCCAAUUACCGAACGCACAAGCAAUUUCGAGCGUUUGUGAUGGUAGCCGUAUCACUCUGCACUCUUUGCCGAUGCAAAGUACGAUCGCCAAUAUUCGUGAUAGAUUGCAAUCCGAAACACUCGGCGGGAAGAUUGGAGCAAGUCGUUUGAAGCUACGUGUACAAGGUAAUAAGCCAACUACAUUACGUCAAACGUUAGCAUAUUGGAACUUAGCUGAUCAAGAUGAAUUGACACUCAAUGUCGGAUAA